AUGAUAUACAACAAAGGCAAUGUGACUGAUAUACCCAACCUGGACCUUCUGACUUUUUUGUUUGACUCUGAACACUGCACCGCCAAAGAAGAUACGACUCUGUACGCAGAAGCAAGCGACCCCACCAAAGUCAUCACAAAGUCACGAGCAAGAGUCCUCACUCGCCAGAUUGCACACUUCUUGCGCCACGAAUAUGGCAUUGGUCGAUCUGGCCCUGGCAAGGGUGUAGUGGCUGUGGUAUCAACUGGACAGCAUGCACUCCCUUGUGUCUUCUUUGGUGUUAUUGCUGCUGAGGGCGUUUACUCGGCUGCAAGUCCAACCGCUACUGUUGAGGAACUCGUCCGGCAGGUGCGAGAUGGAGCUGCAAAAGUGGUUGUUUGUAGUGCAGAUGUCGCACCUCUUGCAAAAGCUGCUGCAGAGAUCGUUGGUUUGCCAGAGCGGAAUGUGCUUAUCUUUGAGUCUGUGCCAGAGAUCAAGUUAGAGAGCACUGAUGGAAGUGUACGUUGCGACUUUGAUCAGCAGCUGGACUGGAAACGCAUCGCUUCGCCUCAAGAGUUGGACACAAGCAAGAUUUGCAUGCUUUACUCAUCUGGAACGACUGGCUUGCCCAAAGGCGUCUUGAUCUCGCACACAAACAUGGUAGCAGAGGCUUUCCUGCCAGCCUACAUCAAUAGACCCAUCUGGCAAGACUGGGCAGCAGCAAGAAGGCCAUUUGAGUUGCGCACACUAGCACACCUUCCCACCGCGCACAUCUCUGGCGUGCAAGGCUACUUCGUGAACGCCUUUUACGAUGGUGGGAUUGUGUAUUGGAUGCCCUCCUUUGACUUUGCAGCUUUUCUGAAGUAUAAUGUGCAGCACCAGAUCACGACGUUUUUCAGUCUGCCGAAAAUCUACUUAGGUUUGGCUAGACAUCCUGCUGUCACCAAUCAAUUGAAGUCGCUAAGGAUCGCUUAUUCUGGGGCUACGCCACUGAACAGAGAGGUCUAUCAUUUUACAAAGUUUGGUGGUGAGGGAGAUGAUAGAACAUUGCUUAGCCAGACUUGGGGUGCAAGUGAAACUACUGGUGCAGUCACUCAUGUUUCUCCUGCAAUGAGGGAGAUAUCAGGUAGUGUGGGAGCACUGCUUCCUAACAUGCUGAUGCGACUAGUCGACGAGAACGACAAUGACGUCCCAGCUGGUCAACCCGGUGAGGCAUUACUCAAAGGUCCGCUUGUCACCCAAGGCUACCACAACAACCCAGAGGCAAACGCGACCGGUUUUAACAAGGAUGGUUGGUAUCGCACUGGCGAUGUGAUGCAAUUCGGAAAAAACAACGACCUUUUAUACGUCGUAGGACGCACGAAGGAUAUUAUCAACUACAACGGUCUCAAGAUCGCCCCUGCAGAGCUGGAAGAACUCUUAUGCGAACACCCAUACGUUGCCGAUGCAGCUGUAGCUGGUAUCCAGGCUCAAGAUACAGAAGUCCCACGCGCUUUUGUCGUGCUUCGACCAGGUGUCAAUGCAGAUGAGCAGACUGUAGAAGAAAUACAAGGUCAUGUCAAGCAGCGUGUUUCGGAUCACAAACAGCUACGUGGUGGUCUGGUUUUCGUGGAAAAUGUGCCUCGUUUGUUGUCAGGCAAGAUCUGGCGAGCCAAGCUAAAGGAGAUGGUAGCGAGCAAAUGA